AAAUAAAUAAAAAAUAUCAAUAUUUUAAAAAUGAUUAUUUGUAGUAAAAGAAUUGCCAUACUUUGUUCAUUAUUAUCUGUUUGGGCAAUCAUUAUGUUAACAUUGAUGGGCAUACUACUUUAUAGUCAUGCUGUAACAUUUGCAGAAGAUCUUGAACUACAUGAAAUUGAAACAUCGAAUAUCAAAGAAUUCUAUCCGGAAGCGUAUCAACGUUAUGAAUCAGCAGCGCAUAAUUGUUGGAUUGCCGCCUGUCUUUACAUCGCUACAUUGGCGUUUUCCAUGCAUCAAUAUGUGACAAACCGAAGAAUUCAAUAUGGAUAUUGA